GUGGCCGUUCUUAGUCACGUGUUUAAGGCGGAAGAAAUCAAUCCCUGGGAGAGUGAUGUAUUUUUCCCCAUGUGUUCAAGAGGCUCAGGAUGACACAGGAGAUUAAAUAACUAAUGCGUAGAAACUUUCUAGAAAGUUACCAUAGUCCUAUUUCUUUGUGAUGAAAAUAUAUAAAAGUUAAGUCUUCAUAGAGGAAUUGCCAUUGAAAUAUACCCCAGACCUGCUCCGGCAUAUGCAGCAGGAUGAAAACACUUCCUUUCUUUCUACUACAAGUUUUUUUAUUACAAGCUCUGUGCUUGUAUCAGAACUGGACAACAGAGCAAAGACCAAAUAUAGUGAUUAUCAUGUCUGAUGCAUUUGAUGGAAGAUUGACUUUUUACCCUGGAAACAAAGUUGUCCAGCUCCCAUAUAUUAACUACAUGAGGGAGAUGGGUUCGAUCUUCCUUAACUCCUACACAAAUUCUCCAAUAUGUUGUCCUUCAAGAGCAGCUAUGUGGAGUGGCAAAUUUGUCCAUUUAACUCAAGCUUGGAACAAUUACAAAUGCCUCGAUCUUAACACCACUACAUGGAUGGAUCAUCUGCAGGAAAAUGGUUAUCACACCCACCGUAUGGGGAAGCUUGAUUACACAUCAGGAGGCCACUCAGUCAGCAAUCGUGUGGAGGCAUGGACAAGAGAAGUGCAGUUUCUUUUGAGGCAGGAGGGCCGUCCAGUCACAGACAUAAUAGGUGACAGUUCCACAGUGAGAGUGAUGACUAAAGACUGGAACACCACAGACAGUGCUGUGAAGUGGAUCACACAAAAAGCCACAGCUCUGUCAAAGCCUUUUGCUCUGUAUCUGGGGUUGAAUCUCCCUCAUCCGUACCGCACAGAGGACCUAGGCCCCGAUGCUGGAGGUUCUACCUUCCGCACCUCACCCUACUGGCUCAAAAAGGUUUCCAUAGAACAAGUUUCCCUCCCGAAGUGGCUGCCUUUGUCCCAAAUGCAUCCCGUCGAUUAUUAUUCCACCGUCACCAAAAACUGCAGUGGCAACUUUUCUGAGCAGGAGAUCAGAGAUAUCCGAGUCAGCUAUUAUGCCAUGUGCGCCGAAACAGACAGCAUGCUUGGUGAAGUGAUCGCCGCUCUCAGGGACACAGGUUUAUUAAACAGGACAGUCCUGCUUUUCACCUCGGACCAUGGAGAUCUGGCUAUGGAGCACAGGCAGUUCUAUAAGAUGUCCAUGUUUGAAGGCAGCUCCCACGUUCCGUUACUUAUGAUGGGGCCAGGAAUUAAGUCUGGGAUGGAGAUCAGUUUACCGGUCUCUCUUGUAGACCUGUAUCCUUCUAUCCUUGACUUUGCAGGUGUCCCAAUACCACAUGGUUUGAGUGGUCACUCUUUGGUUCCUCUGACCUCACUGGGUAAUAAGCGGUCCACUGAACCUCACCCUUCCUGGAUACUCAGUGAAUAUCAUGGCUGCAAUGCAAACGCCUCCACUUACAUGCUGAGACAGGAUAAGUGGAAGUAUAUCACUUAUUCAGAUGGCUUGACUGUCCCACCACAACUAUUUGAUCUGACUGUGGAUGGAGCUGAGCUAAAGAAUGUAGCGUCCCGUUACCCUCUUGUGUGUCAGCAUCUGGACAAGCUGCUGCGCUCAGUGGUGGAUUAUCCCAGAGUCACUGAGACUGUCUGCCAAUACAACAAGCAGCAGUUUCUGCAGUGGAAGCAGAGUCUUGGGAACAAUUACACACAGGUCAUUGCCAACCUGCGCUGGCACGUGGACUGGCAAAAGAAUGCAGAAAAUAAUGAGAAAGCAAUAGAGGACUGGCUUCACAGGUUAUAAUAAUCUAAGAAUGUUCGAAAUCAUUCUUAUAGAAUCAAAUAUACAAGAAAAAACACUCAGAACUUGCUACCAAAUGCACUUUUCCAUUUGUAGUUGCACCUUUUUUGCACCUUUAAAAAAAUCAAUUGAGUUUACUGUACACAUUUUUAUUGUAUGUACGUUUUGAAUUCAAUAAAAUUAAUGAAUGAG